AUGGGCAUAUUUUGGGUGGUGGACAAAAUCUGGUACACGGCAGUUCUUGAUGGUUUGACCGGGACCAUAGCCGUUACCGUGACACUAGCCGUUACCGUGACACUAGCCGUUACCGUGACACUAGCCGUUACCGUGACACUAGCCGUUACCGUGACACUAGCCGUUACCGUGACACUAGCCGUUACCGUGACACUAGUCGUUACCGUGACACUAGCCGUUACCGUGACACUAGCCGUUACCGUGACACUAGCCGUUACCGUGACACUAGCCGUACUCUACUACUCAUACUAA